AUGCAGGAGAGCUUUGCAUUAGCAAGAUACUAUAAUCGUCUUCCACAGUCUCCUCAGGAGUAUCCGAUACUUGGUCUCAAUCUGCUGAAACUACUUGUGCAGAAUAGGAUAGUUGAAUUUCAUACUGAGUUGGAAUUACUUUCAUCCGCUGCUCUAGAGAAUCCAUGUAUUAAGCAUGUUGUGGAGUUGGAGCAAUCUUUUAUGGAAGGGGCUUACAACCGUGUCUUGAGUGCUCGGCAGACUGUGCCACAUGAAACAUAUGUUUAUUUCAUGGAUCUUUUGGCAAAGACAAUCAGAGAUGAGAUAGCAGGAUGCAAUGAAAAGGCAUAUGACUAUCUUUCAAUUAAUGAUGCUAAGCAAAUAUUGCUGUUCUCCAAAGACCAGGAGCUCUUGGAGUAUAUUAAAGAGAGUAGCAUGUCUUCUAAUGGUAGAAUCACUCCUAAAUAUGGUCACGGUCUUUCAAUGAAGGUGCUAGUUUUAAAGUCAGCUGCAAAUCCUAGUAGAAAAUAUUAG